CGCCGGCACCGCCCGCGGAAGCGGAGGUCGGAACGGGAUCUAAUAUGGGGCGUAUGGGGUGUGCGGUGCUGCUGCUGCUGCUGGGCUUCCUGCAGCUGCUGGGCCGCCCCGCUGCGUGCCCCUGCCAGGACCCGCGGCUCUGCCAGACCAUCGCGGCCACCCGCGACUUCGAGGUCUUUGUGUUCGAUGUGGGGAAGGAAGCCUGGAAAUCCUAUGACUGGUCAAAAAUUACAACCGUGGCAGCUUUUGGGAAAUAUGAUCCAGAUCUCGUGUGCUUUGCUCAUUCCAAAGGCGCCAGGGUAGUACUGAAAGGUGAUGUACCUCUUCAGGAAGUUGUUGACCCAGCUAACAGAGCAGCGUGGAUAUCCCAGCAGGUAGACCUCGCCAAAAAACAGUAUAUGGAUGGAAUCAAUAUAGAUAUAGAGCAAGAAGUUAAUGAAACCUCUCCUGUGUAUUAUGCAUUAACGGAGCUUGUUAAAGAAACUGCAGAUGCUUUUCACAAAGAAAUUCCAGGAUCACAGGUAACAUUUGAUGUGGCCUGGUCCCCUGCGUGCAUCGAUAGGAGGUGCUACAACUACACUGGGAUUGCAGCUGCCUGUGAUUUCUUAUUUGUGAUGUCUUAUGAUGAGCAGAGCCAGAUCUGGAACGACUGCAUAGCAAAAGCCAAUGCUCCUUACCUUCAGACUUUAGUUGGGUAUGAAGAUUACAUUGGUAUGGGCAUCGAUCCUAAGAAGCUUGUGAUGGGCGUCCCUUGGUAUGGCUAUGAUUAUGUGUGCCUAAACUUAACUGAGGAUCAUGUUUGUUCCCUUCCCAAAGUGCCAUUCCGUGGUGCCCCUUGCAGUGAUGCUGCAGGACGUCAGGUGCCGUAUGGAGCAAUAAUGAAGCAGGUGAACAGUUCUAUUUCAGGGGCCUUAUGGGAUGAGGUACAAAGCUCUCCAUUUUAUGAAUACAAGGAUUCUCUUGGUCGCUUCCAUCAAGUAUGGUAUGAUGACCCUCGCAGCAUCUCUCUAAAAGCAGCAUAUGUGAAGAAUCGAGGUCUAAGGGGCAUUGGCAUGUGGAAUGGAAACAGUCUUGACUAUUCCAAGGAAGCUGUAGCAGAAAAACAAACUGAAGCAAUGUGGCAAGCCCUGAUACCCUAAGUAUAUGAAAUAGUGAACUACUUGAUUUAGAAUUAUGAAAAUUAGUCAUUUCUGAUUAUAGCAUAUAGCAUGACAGAUCUGGACUUUUUAGAAAUAUACCAUGUUUACAAUCAAAACUUUCAGAACUAUUGAAAUUUAUCUUGUUAUUUUGUAUGUAAACCUGAAGUUUCAUUCUUUCUAAAGUUCUAGUGUUAAAGGUCUAGUUAAAGGUCUAGCUUUACCUGUGCACUUUAAAUGACUUCUCAUCUUUUUCAUUUUUCACAACUAUAAGAAGUUAAAGCUUGAACCUAGAGUGUAUGUGGUAACAAGACCAAGUGAACUUACAGGGCCCAUAUAAUAAUGGUCCUCUGCUAAGGCUGCCUGAUGCAGCAGAUAACCAGUCUGUGCUCACAUAGUUGCAGACUCAGCCUUCUGACUCCCAGCCCAACAUGUAUUUCAGCAAAGUCAUUUCAGAGUAUGGUUCAACACAGAUUACUGAUAGGCAGAUUGCUGCUUAGAUGCAGCUUGGUGAAACUUGUGCUUAGAGAGAAAAUCUUUUAUACGUCAAAGGAAUUAUGUAACAUGAAGUAGUUGCCCUUAGAGUUUUUUAUCAUUCUUCUUAGAAAAAAAUGUUCAGUAAACACACCUUUCACCAUGUAAACUCUUUAGUUUCAAAAGUCACAAAUCUUGGACUUGAUCUUGAAGAGACAGCAUGGGAUGGUGUUUUCUACCAUUUCAAACUUUUCUACUUCUUCAAAACUAGAAGUCAGCUUAUUUAAUGAACUGUAAGUAUAUUUUUCCCACACUUCAAGAUCCACUCAGUUGUCUGCACUUUGUUUUUAAGUGUUUCCUCUGAGAUAGUAGGAGAUUAUAUUUUCAAUCUAGUUAGUUAAUAUUUUUCAUAAAAUAAUUUGCCUCAGGAAAUUGUGUAACUUGUUUGAGUAACAGUAGCCAUGGAGAGAUUGACUGCUAUCCACAGGAUUUUUUUGUUAAAUAAAACACCUUCUUCUAAGGUUGAUAAACA